GUAGGUGGCCGGGCAUCUCCGUCCUGCCGCCGCAUCGGGUCCUGUCAGGGCCCGGCCGGAGCCGCGGGGCUGCGGCGUGGAGGCCGCCCCCUGCCCUGCGGGCCGGGCCUGUCUCCCGGCGGUGGUUUACAGCUGCUCCCCGCCUGCCUUGGUGGAGCCUUGGGUAGGGAAGGGCUUUCCCCCCUCUUCCUGUGGCUGCGCUGUGUACUUUCAUCUGGCAAAAAUGGGUGAGCCCCAGCAAGUGAGUGCUCUUCCUCCGCCUCCAAUGCAAUAUAUAAAAGAAUAUACUGAUGAAAAUAUCCGUAAAGGCCUGGCACCAAAGCCACCUCCGCCUGUGAAAGACAGUUACAUGAUGUUUGGUAAUCAGUUCCAGUGUGAUGAUCUAAUUAUCCGACCCUUGGAAAGUCAGGGUAUUGAACGCUUGCAUCCUAUGCAGUUUGAUCACAAGAAGGAAUUAAGAAAGCUUAAUAUGUCUAUCCUGGUCAACUUUCUGGAUCUCUUGGAUAUCUUGAUAAGGAGUCCAGGGAGUAUAAAGCGAGAAGAGAAACUGGAGGACUUGAAACUGCUUUUUGUUCAUGUCCAUCAUCUUAUAAAUGAGUACCGUCCUCACCAAGCUAGGGAGACCUUGCGAGUCAUGAUGGAAGUGCAGAAACGUCAGCGUUUGGAAACUGCAGAACGAUUUCAGAAGCAUUUAGAGCGAGUUGUAGAGAUGAUUCAGAACUGCCUGGCUUCUUUGCCUGAUGAUCUGCCUCACUCAGAGGGAGGACUGCGAGUAAAAACAGAACCAAUGGAUACUGAUGAUGGCAACAACUGCAUUGGACAGAGUGAAAAACAGAGAGAGCGUGCUGGUUGCAAGAGAGACCAGGUUUUAGACAAAGAUGCAGCUAUGUGUAGCAUUAUUGAUGAAAUGACAUGAAAAAACAUCUUACAUUAGCUUACUACAUGGAGAAGCAGAAUGGAUUCUGAGGGUCUAUGUUAUGUCUUGUUUUCCUGUUAUACAAGCAGUCAAAGCAUUUAUAGUGCACCUGUUGGGGGCAGGUUGUGAGUGACUAAGCAGAUGAAAAUGUUUAAUAUUUUCUGAACUGUGUGUGUAUUGUUAAAAAUGUGUGCUUUUUGUUAAAUGAUUCAUGUGAGGUGAAAGCCACAUUAAAGUUAUUUUUUUCUGACUUAUA